CAGCCGCGGCGGAUCUGCAGCUGCAGAAGGGAUCAGCCAAGCCACCGCUGCGUCGCGCGUAGCGCUUCCUCGCCUCCCGCCUCCCCCUGGCCCAGAUUGCGGACGUAGACUUUUUCCCUUCCCCCUGGUGUGUGGCUGGCAAGCGCUCUAAGCCUGGGAUCGAGCCCGAGAGUCCUUCGCUCCGACGGCCAGGCAGGCGGCCGCCGCGUUUUCUCACCCACAGCGGAUAUACAGUUUCCAGCAAAAGCCCGCCGGUCCCCUUCGGCUCUUGCAACGCGCUUUUUCCUUCCCCCCCCCCGAUUGUUGCUUUUGCAUUCGAAUAAAGAGACUGCAAAGAUGCCGGCUGACACCAUGGAGAAACCUACCGCCUCCCCUAUCGCGGGAGCCCCGGCCAAUUCCAGCCAAACCCCCGAUAAACCCAAGAGCGCCAGCGAACAUAGAAAGUCAUCCAAACCGAUCAUGGAGAAGAGACGGCGUGCCAGGAUCAAUGAAAGUUUGGGCCAGCUCAAGACACUCAUCCUAGAUGCCCUGAAGAAAGAUAGCUCCAGGCACUCCAAACUAGAGAAAGCUGAUAUCCUGGAAAUGACAGUCAAACACCUGCGGAACCUUCAGCGAGCCCAAAUGACAGCCGCCCUGACAGCUGAUCCUACCGUACUAGGCAAGUACCGGGCUGGAUUUAAUGAGUGCAUGAAUGAAGUCACCCGUUUCCUCUCUACCUGCGAAGGGGUGAACACGGAUGUUCGCAGCCGGCUGCUGAGCCACCUCUCAGCUUGUCUCGGUCAGAUUGUGGCCAUGAACUACCCGCCCCCACCGCCGCCGCCUCCUCAAGCCUCAAGUGGACAGCCCGCACAUCUGGCUCAGCCUCUACACGUCCAGUUGCCUGGCCCAGCUGCUGGACCUGGAGCCAUGCCAGUGUCCUGUAAACUGAACCCCGCUGAGACUUUGUCCCCAAAGGUCUAUGGGGGUUUUCAGCUGGUGCCGGCAACCGAUGGCCAGUUUGCUUUCCUCAUUCCCAACCCGGCCUUCCCGCCUGGCACUGGGCCAGUGAUACCGCUCUAUGCCAAUGCAAACAUGCCAGUUUCUUCCGGCAGCUCGACAGGGACUCCUUCUGUGUCCCCAGUGCAAGGACUCACAUCCUUUGGGGGGAGUUUAGCACCCGUCUCCCAAGCUGGAGGUGACCGCAGUGAAUCUGUCUGGAGACCGUGGUGACUCCCUUUUAACUACCCCCGAGACCCUAAAGAUAUUUGAAUUUGGUUCCGUUGUAUGGAACCUGGAUUUGUGUGUGUGGUUUUGUUUGUUUUUUUACUUUUAAUUCUUUUCAAAUUAUUUAUUCAUUUCCAAAGGAUGGGAUUU